AUGGCGGCGGCAGUGGCCAGAAAUGGCACGACCAACACCUCAAAUGGCAUGCUGAGUGGCAUCACCCCCGCCUCGCGUUUCGUCGAUAUUCCAACAGCCAUCGAUAUCCCUGUGUCUGGUGGCCUUGAUGCAGACGAGGCUGUCGAGGUCAACCUCGAGGAUCACCUGGACGAUCCCACCGAAUUGUGCCAGUUGCUGGAAAAUGAGAAGGCCGCAAAGAAUUUGUGGAUAACCAUCGCUCUAGCUUACGCGAAGCAGGCCCAAAUAGAUCAUGCUGUCGAGAUCUUGGGCAAGGGUCUCGGGUCGCUCGCACGUAGCGGCCCCAAGGAUCGGCUGAGUCUGCUUGCAUGCGUAGCAUGGCUCGAUCUUCUCAAAAGCCGACAGGCUCCUCGUGUACUGUCCGAGACGCAAGCAAACAGCGAUGCAAAAACCAAAGAUCACUAUCUUCGAGAAGCCACGACCACCAUCAACGAUGCCCUGCGCAUCAACCCUGCCUUUCCUCCCCUUUACCUCACCCGAGGUGUUCUUUUCCUCCUCCGAGCUUCACUACAGUCGUCCACAAGAACCGGUGCUGAUGCUGAAAGAGCUGAAUCCCUCAAACAAGCCUUGAAGUGCUUCGAUGAUGCGCUAAAGUCUUCUGAUGGGCGGAAUAUGAUGGCUGCAAUGGGGAAAGCUAGAACUUUAUACCUGCAAAGACAAUUUGCCCCGGCUCUGCAAAUCUAUCAAGACGUGCUGGCCAAAAUGCCCGGUCUCACCGACCCAGAUCCGCGGAUAGGCAUCGGGUGUUGUCUGUGGCAGCUAGGAUUUCCCGAUCGUGCUAAGGCUGCGUGGGAAAGAUCCCUGGCACUGAAUCCUGAGUCCAAGGUCGCUCACGCCCUCCUUGGAGUUUACUAUCUUCAUGAAAGCGCCAAGUACCCUGCAUCGGAUCCUCAGUUCAACGUGCUCUAUAAGAAAGCAAUUUCCGAGCACACAAAGAAAGCCUACACAAUCGACAAAAAUUUCCCUCUUAGCUGCGCGAUCUUUGCAAGCUAUUUCCUAUUGACUGGAAGAUAUGACACUGUGGAACCACUUGCCCGAAAAGCCAUUGAACAAACAGACAUCAAUGCUAUUGCUAGUGAUGGGUGGUACUUGUUGGCCAGAAAAGAGCACAAUAAAGGCGACCUGGUGAAGGCAAAUGAAUGCUAUACACGAGCAGAUCAAGCCAGAGGCGGUUUGGAUAGAGGCUACUUCCCAGCGAAAUUUGGCCUCAUUCAGAUUAUGGUUCAGAGUCAAGAUACUCAAGGGGCCAAAUUCCGCUUAGAAUCUCUUGGCCAGCUCAACAAACAUGUCGAGGCGAUGACUCUGUUAGGGUGUAUAUAUGCCGAAGAAGCAUUCUCGACACAGACCAAUCUUACAAAGGAAGACAAAGCAGCUUCCGCGAGAAAGGCGAUCACUUUGCUGGAGAAUGUGAGAAAGACUUGGAAGGACGAGAAAUCUCGGGCUAAGCCAGAUGAGUCCGUUUUGCUGUAUCUUGCACGUCUCUAUGAACAGGAGAACCCAAUCGAGAGUCUCAAAUGUUUACAACAGGUUGAAGCGAUGCAACUCGAAAAGAUCCCCGACGAGGAUCGUCCAGAUCCUAGCGAAGACGAAGCCACCUAUAUUGCCCAAAUGCGGGAGAACUUGCCCCCUCAAUUGCUCAACAAUAUGGCUUGUUUCCUGUAUGGACAAGAGUCAUUUUCUCUCGCUCGAGAGACCUUUCAGAUUGCCCUCAAUGCGUGCGUAAAAUUGACCGAAAAGCAAGAGGCUGAGAAAAAGGCAGUGGAAGAGGACAAGAUCAGUUCCGAAGAUGUGGACAACAGCGACACUGAUGCUCUUGUCACAACUAUCUCUUACAACCUUGCCCGAACCUACGAAGCUCUAGGUUUGAUAACCGAAGCACAAAAGGUCUAUGAAGGUCUCCUCGGAAGACAUCCCGACUAUACGGACGCCCUGGCGCGACUGGCUUACAUUGCGCUUGAAACCUCCCCACGCGACGAAGGUCCUCGCAAGAUCAAUGCUGUAUAUCAGAGCGACUAUGGCAACACAGAGGUCAGAGCCUUGAUGGGCUGGUAUCACCAUAGCGCGAAGAAGAAGACCAGCAACAUCGCUGAAGAUGCAGAAAACCGACACUAUAAGCACACUCUCCAAGGGUACGACAAGCACGAUCUGUAUUCCCUGACUGGGAUGGGCAACGUGCAUCUCACUAUUGCCAGAGAUAUGCCCCGAAAUACUGAUCAGGAGAAAGAGAAGCGAACCAAAAUGUACGCAAAGGCCUACGAGUUCUUCGACAAAGCUCUACAACUGGACCCAAAGAACGCAUAUGCCGCUCAGGGUAUUGCGAUUGCGCUUUGCGACGACAAGAAGGCCUAUUCAGACGCUCUUCAGAUAUUCACCAAAGUCAAGGACACCCUUCGUGAUGCUUCUGUCAACAUCAAUCUAGGUCACGUUAUGACAGAGUUACGCCAGUAUCAGCGUGGCAUUGACAACUACGAGAUUGCGCUGAGAAAGGAAACGAAAGGCGAAAAUGCUCAAUUGCUCGCUUGCCUGGCGAGAGCAUGGCUGUUGAAGGGCAAGGCCGACAGAUCUAUCACGGCUUUAAAUACAGCACUGGAUUACAUGAGGCGAGCACUAGCUACGCAGGAGGACUCACCACAUCUGCAGUUCAAUGUCGCUUUCAUUCAGUUCCAGAUUGCACAACACGUCAACCAAGCCAAGGAGACUGAUCGAACUCUGUCCGAUGUGGAUGCUGCAAUCGCUGGGCUGGAACAGGCUAUUGAGACGUUUGAACAGGUGGCCAGGCAUAAACAACCGCCAUAUCCCCGCAGCGCACUUGAGCAACGUGCAGCUAUGGGUAAGAAUACUAUGCGCAAUCAGCUUGAGCGACAACGUACAAGACAGGCGACAUAUGAGAGCGAGAAUGCCACAAGACUCCAGGAAGCCAUCGAGAAGCGUCAAGAAGAACUGCGCAAACGCGAAGAAGCCUCCAAACGCCGAAGAGAAGAGGAAGAAGAACGUGCCAAAAAGAUUGCGGAAGAACGGAGAAAGAUUGUUGAAGAGACAGAAAGGCUCGCCGAACAACUUCGGGCUGAAGCUGCUGCGAGAGAGGCUGCAGAAUAUACAGAUGAUGAGGAAACUGGAGAGCGUGUCAAGCGAAAGUCGAAGAAGACCAGCACCAAGCGCAAGAAGAGGGACGAUGAGGACGGCUUCAUCGAUAAUGACGGUGAUGUGUCCGACGGUAGAAGUGAAAAGAGCGUGUCGCGAACUCCCCUUAGUGGCUCCGACAAUGAAGCAGCAGCUGAGAAGCCAAAGAAGAAGAAGAGGAGGUUGGAGAGAAAAAGCAAGGCAAAGGAGCCACGCAAGAAUGACAAAUACAAGUCUGCAGCGGUGGUUGUCGACUCGGACUCGGAGUUGGAAGAUGAACCCGAAGCUGCCCUUACCCCCGGUGCCGGUCCUGAGACUCCGGCGUCGUCUGCCUCAGAUAAGGAUGAAGAGAUGGCCGAUACCAGAGACGAGGAGGAGGAGGUCAGACCACAACCUCCUAGACAGCGAAAACAACUCCGGACGAUCGCCGACGAUGAUGACGACGAAGACGAGGAUGAGGAAGCGAUGAAUGGACAUUCCGAAACCUGA